CCAGUAUCAGGGUGAGAAAUUGAGGAGCCUCCGACUUGCAACUUUGUAGACCCUAUAUGAACAGCUGUUGAGCUUCUCUUGUCUUUUCCACCCCAUAUAUCAUGUCCCACGCGCACUCGCAUGAUGGCGCGUCCCACUCGCACGGUGCCCCAGACCACGGCCACACCCACGAGAUACUCGACGGACCAGGAAGCUUCCUCGGGCGCGAGAUGCCCAUAAUAGAAGGACGUGACUGGCAGGACAGAUCCUUUACCAUCGGCAUUGGAGGCCCCGUAGGGUCCGGCAAAACCGCCCUCAUGCUGGCUCUCUGCAAAGCCCUCCGUACACGCUUCUCCAUCGCCGCCGUCACAAACGACAUUUUCACGCGCGAAGACUGCGAGUUCCUCACCAAGAACAACGCCCUCCCCGCCGAGCGCAUAGUCGCCGUCGAAACCGGCGGUUGCCCCCACGCCGCUGUCCGCGAAGACAUCUCUACCAACCUGCUCACACUUACGCAACUGCACCACAAGUUCGACACCGACCUGCUGCUGAUUGAGUCUGGCGGGGACAACCUCGCAGCGAACUACUCGCGCGAGCUGGCGGACUUUAUCAUUUAUGUGAUUGAUGUGUCGGGCGGCGACAAGAUCCCGCGCAAGGGCGGGCCGGGCAUCACGCAGAGCGAUCUCCUGAUCGUGAACAAGUGCGACCUGGCAGAAGCUGUGGGCGCAGAUCUAGGCGUUAUGGAGCGGGACAGUAGGAGGAUGCGGGAGGGUGGGCCGACCAUUUUUGCGGUGAUUAAAAAGGAAGAGGGGCUGAUGAACAUUGUGGAUCUGAUUCUGAGCGCGUGGAAGGCAAGCGGGGCGAGCCAGGCGCGCAAGGAACGCUUCACACCCGUCGUCAUGGAGUAGAUAUGGUAAAGCAGGAACGUGCAUAUGGGUCGCCGAGACUCCGUAUGUCAAUACAAUAAUGUACAUCGUAGCGGCCUAAACUAUUUUGCCACUGGAUACAAAUGCCCCUCCGCAUCGUACUUCGCCUUGAAAAAGGUAUAACUCAACGUCACCGUCUCAAUACCCUUCAUAUUUAUAUCGCUCGCGAACUCCGGAUCAAUGUAGAAGAACACAGGCAUAUCUACCGUCUC